UUCCUCCCAAAUCAUCCCGCCAUGAAUUCCCGAAAGUUCAAAUUGUCCCCGCAAAAUAUCUUCCCGCGUCGUUUUCUAAAUCAUGGGCUUAAUUGUGUUGGUUGCACUGUCAUGGAACAAAUCAGAGAAACUUCCUUCAUUCAUGGCUACCCAGAAAAUCCCAGAGUACGAGCAGCUGAGGAAUGAGAAUGUUCGCCGAAAUAACGAGUUGCUGGCUUCUCUGCACAUCCCACCCAUCGGUCCCCAACCCACUGCCCCAUCCAAACGCCAACGGUGUUCUUCAAUUCCACGUAUGGUUGAAGCUAAUCGAGACACCACAGUUAUGACAAGGAAAGGCAGGGGAAAACUAAUGGCGGCAGCCACUUUAGCUCUUGAUUCUUCUACAAGCACUCAGCAUGCCGACAUUCCCUGUAAUGAAGCAGUAGAUGAUGUGGAAGAGGGAGAGGAAGAGGAAGAAGGGUCAGACACUCAACAAACCAAACGAACAGGAAGAGGACCUGCCAAAGGUUCCAAAGGCUAUGGAACGAAAGGGGUGAUUUUUCGAAAGAGGAUCAUAUCUACCGAUGCUGCAAGAAGUAUUUGGCCACUGUUUAGGUCAGAGUUGACAGGGCCUUAUACAACUUUCAAAAAAUGUCCCCAACACUAUUUGGACAAGUUGUUUAAGCUGUUCAAGAACAAGAAUUUCAAAUUCGAUUGCAACGAAGGAGAAGUAAAACAUGCGUUCGAAGCGUAUAUUGAAAAUAACUACAAAAACUGGAUGAGUGCAAUUCGGAAUAGUGUGUUUCGCAUACAUAAGACUGCUGCAGCUAGAUAUGCCAACAACCCGUCGUACGUGCCGCCUCAUAACUGGACAUUGAUGGUUGAUGACUGGCUUAAGCCAACCUGGCAGGAGAUGAGUGACCAGAACAAGUUAAAUCGUGACAAGCUAAAUUUAGUGCAUACAACGGGGUCAGUUCCGAUGGCCAAAUACAUAUAUGCGGAGAUUGAGAGGACUGGAGUUGAACCAAGCCCGAUAGAAAUGUUUCGGAGGUUUCACGUUACUGCUGGCAAAGAUGGAGAGGAAGAACGUUGGCGUAGUAAGAAAGCGAAGGAGCUUUAUGAUGAAAUGGAGUUGAAAAAACGUAUUGAAGAGGUUUUGGGUGGUGAAGGAGAAGAAGAGUUAGAUGAGUGGGACAUAUAUAAGGAGGUGGUGAGUGGUUCCAAAAAAAAGACACAUUCGUGGCUUAGGUGACGGAAUGGAACCACCAGAAGAGUUUUACAAUUCAAGCGGCAGCCAGACUUGCUUGGAAUGUGAAGAGGAGUUUCGAGCUAUGAAAGAAGAAGUUGGAAGUCUUAGGGCCGACGUGGCAGAAAACAAGAAACUCCUUCAAGCUUUGAUGGACAUGGUAACUCUUGGUUUGGGUGCUUCUUCAAGUUCACCUCCAAAUG